AUGAGUUCAAAACAACUCCGGCAGUCUCAGAAUGCAUGGAGCAAUAAAUAUUUCGCCAUUGCUGUGGGGGCAAUCAUGGUUAUUUUCAUUAUUGUGCACUGGGUGAAUGUUGUAUGCAUCAAGCUUGGCCCGAGGAAACCUGGUCGAGUACGCCGUCUUCUCUUUCGACUGCCACGUACCGUCUUGGGUUUGGGAAUUGAUCGCUUCUUGUUAUAUUUUGUAUAUUGGAUGAUCAAUCUAACGCUGAUCUUGACAAAUGUCGACUUGCAUACCCUAAAUUAUGUAGCAAAACGACUUGGCUGGAUCUCGGUUGCAAAUUUUGUACUUCUUGUUUUUCUCGCUCUUAGAAAUACACCCUUGGCCCCGUUAAGUGGAUGGUCAUACGAGAAAUUACGGCCGCUGCAUAAGACAGCCGGUUACACCUGCAUUACUACAAGUAUGCUGCAUGCAACUGUGUACUUGAGCGCAUGGUCUGAAGCGGGGGAGCUGGGGAAUAUGGCAGAGAUGCAGAAUUUUGCUGGUGCCAUUGCUGGACUGGCAAUGGUGAUAAUCGGUUUAUCUACUAUCGGAUGGCUUGUCCGGAAAUCUUAUGAAGUCUUCUACAUGAUCCAUGUGGUCCUAUUCGUUCUCAUUCUCAUCAUGAUUGGGAUGCAUCGUCCCAAAAUCUCAACGUCAACGUUGGCCAUUAUCAUAUUCACCGCAUCCAUGUGGUUCUCUGACCGACUAUUGCGGCUAGCAAAGCUCUGCUGGUAUCUUCCGGGAAACCACGCUGCCGUGACAGCCAUGUCAGAUGGUGCUCUUCGAGUGAAGCUAAACCGGAGUGUUCAUUGCGCCCCAGGCUCUCAUGCAUUCUUGUGGGUGCCUUCGAUCCGCCUCAUCGAAACCCACCCGUUCACAAUGGUAUCAACCAAACCAGCUGAGUUUCUGGUCCGUGUUCAAGACGGAUUCACGCAUAAGCUUUACGAACUGGCUAAAAAGGAGCCAGGAAAGCUUUUACGAUGCUCAGUAGAUGCUGGAUAUGGCCAGUUACCAAACUUUAUGGAUUUUGAACGAAUCGUGCUUGUCUCGGGUGGAAGCGGUGCUAGUUUUACCUUUGCCAUUGCCCUUCAUGUGAUGAAGACAUGUGCUGCAUCAAAUAGUACUAAAACUAUUGAUUUUAUUUGGUCAAUUGGUUAUUUAGAAUCGCUCGGCUGGUUCAAAACGGAGCUUGAUCAGCUUCAGAGAAAUCCAAACGUACACGUUACUAUUCAUGUCACGCGCGACGAUAGCAUGAUGAAUACGUCAGAAACGGCCAUGCAGAUGGCAGAUCUUGAGAAGACCGUCAACGUCGACGUGGAGAAAGCUCCCAUACAUGGAACUGACCUUGCUACAACUAGUUAUUUAGAGAUCAAGAAAGGCAGACUAAAUAUCUCGGCCUAUCUUGCUGAUUGCAUCGACCGUUGCAGUGACGAUGAUCGCGUGGGCAUCGCUGCCUGCGGACCAGCCGAAAUGCUCGACACUCUGCGACAAACUUUAGGUGAGGAGAAAUAUGAUAGUAGGCCGUCAAUAACUCUGCAUACAGAGGAGUUCAAUUGGUAG